AUGAGUACCACCGAAAUAGCCUUACAAUUACUUAAUGAGUAUGGCAUCAAUGCGAAAGCUAAAGCUGUGAUUAAAGCUGCGAUUGGUCUAAUUACUGCAGUCGUCAAAAGACGUCUUACAUCUGAAAGUAAAUUCAGAAGAAUGGUUAAUACUCUUAUCAAAAACUAUGAUAAACAAUCUUUAAUUAUGGAUUCAUUGGGAAUUGCAUUUAGCAUUCACUGUUUACUGGAUUCAAAUAAUGAUCGAAAAGAAGUAAGAAAGUUUCAAGAUCGAUUAAUAUCAACUUUCAAAAAUUAUCCUCCAAACUUAUGGGGACAACGUUUAGCUGAGAUUCGACAAGACGUUGAAGAUUUGAAAAGUAAACAAUUUAAGAUGGGAGCCAUCAACUUUGUCAUAUCCGCUUCACUUGGUUACGUUGCUUUUGCGAGUACUGCGAAUCCCCUGAUACGUAUCGGUGCGGGCAUUUGUUCUGCUACCUGUGGAACAGCCGCUGUCAUGAAUGGCGUCAAUUACUAUAAUCUACACGAGCUCAUCGAACGGCUUCAAAGAGAUGGACGUUUGAACUAA